UUUCCUGCGACGCGAAUCUUUUUGGACUUUAGUCAUCCGUAACUCCAAAAUGUUGAACUUAAAGCACUUGGCCAGCCACGCCUACCGCCAGUACGAGCUGGUGACCUGCAUCAACAUGCUGGAGCCCUGGGAAAGGAAGCUGAUCAAUGGAUUCUUUCUGUUUAUGCUCGCCCUGGUGAUCUUCUCCAGCUUCAUGUAUCUGCCGGACUAUCUGCACACCCUGCUGCAGUUUGUGACGCCAGCCACUUGGCACAGCUCCCCGGAAAAUGCAGCCUAUGUGGCACAGAAAAUGGCACGGAGCUAAGCUCCCCCAUAUCAUUUAUGUACAUCCGGUACAAAAAACCCUUGCCUUGCCCACUUAUACUCCCCAUAGAAAGACAACUAUAGUUUAACGUUUAUGAUAUUAUUGUGAUUCA